AACAACAUAACCUCAAUUCGCCUAAUAAAAUAUUCGUAUUUAAUUCGUUUGGUUUACAAAAUGAAUUUAAAAGAAGAGGGACCACCAAGGAAAUUAAGAAAACUGGAAGAUAUAAAACCUAAUAUCCAGCAACCUCUAGCAAAUAGUAACCUAACAGCUUCUUCUAAUUCUUCUACAAGACUUUGUCCUUAUUUGGAUACAAUAAACAGACAAUAUUUAGAUUUUGAUUUUGAAAAGCUAUGUUCGGUUUCCUUAACCAGAAUUAAUGUUUAUGCCUGUUUGGUGUGUGGUAAAUAUUUCCAAGGAAGAGGCACUAAUACACAUGCUUACACACAUUCUGUAGCUGAGGGACAUCAUGUGUUUCUGAAUUUACAAACCCUCAAGUUUUAUUGUUUGCCUGAUAAUUAUGAAAUAAUUGAUUCUUCAUUACAUGAUAUCAAAUAUGUGCUAAAUCCAACAUUCACAGAGCAUCAUAUUAAGAAUUUGGAUGGUAAUACUAAAUUAUCAAGAGCUAUAGAUGGUUCUCUAUAUGUACCAGGAAUUGUUGGUUUAAACAAUAUAAAGGCUAAUGACUAUUGCAAUGUGGUGUUACAGGGCCUUUCUCAUGUGACACCUCUACGGAAUUACUUUUUGAGAGAAGAAAACUACAGCAAAAUAAAAAGACCUCCAGGAGAUUCAGCAUAUUUGUUGGUGACAAGAUUUGGUGAACUUAUGAGAAAGUUAUGGAAUCCCAGAAACUUCAAGGCACAUGUUUCACCUCACGAGAUGCUUCAAGCUGUUGUUCUUUGGAGUAAAAAACAAUUUCAGUUCACUCAACAAGGUGACCCAAUUGACUUCCUUUCUUGGUUUUUAAAUGCUCUUCACAAGGCACUUAACGGCACAAAGAAGAAAGAUAGCUCCAUAAUAUACAAAUCGUUCCUUGGCAAUAUGAAAAUAUACACCCGAAAAAUACCAUCAACAGAUUUAAAUGACAAGGAAAAAAAGACUCUUUUAGCAACUCCAGAAUAUCAGGAAGUUGAAACAGAGUCACCCUUUUUGUAUUUGACUUGUGAUCUUCCACCACCACCCUUGUUUAUUGAUGAGUUUAGGGAAAAUAUUAUUCCACAGGUCAACUUAUACCAACUAUUAACAAAAUUCAAUGGUCAAACUGAGAAAGAAUACAAAACUUACAAAGAAAACUUCAUGAAAAGGUUUGAAAUUACGAGGCUGCCGCCUUAUCUUAUUUUGUAUAUAAAAAGAUUUACCAAAAAUACUUUUUAUGUGGAGAAAAAUCCUACGAUUGUGAAUUUUCCUGUAAGGAACGUGGACUUUUCUGAAUUCCUAACACCCGAAAUCAAAGCAAAGCAUCGGCACACGAUAUACGAUUUGGUUGCAAACAUUGUACAUGACGGUGAACCGAAUAAGGGAACUUAUAGGGUGCACAUUUUGCAAAAAUCUACUGGCCAGUGGUACGAAAUGCAGGAUCUACACGUGACAGAUAUUUUGCCGCAGAUGAUUACGUUAACGGAAGCUUAUAUACAAAUUUAUGAAUUGAGAACACAGUAAUAAAUAAAUAUUUUUAAGUA